AUGCCUUUCGGCCUUAAGAAUGCCCCACAGAUUUAUCAGCGCCUCGUAGACAACGCGCUAUAUGGAAUUUUGAAGAUCUCGCGAUCCGGCGACGCUGGAGCCACAACGGAUGUGUUCCAGACCGGGAUCGCGGAUGAUCCUGACCGAGAGUUGGUGCUGGGUCGGAGAUCAUACAUCGACGACAUCAUGAUCGCAGCGGAAUCAUGGGAUCAAAUGUGUCGGAGAGUGGAAGAUUUGCUGGAGGCUUGCGAUAAGUGGAAUUUGUCGAUCAGUGUGGCCAAGAGUUUUUGCGGCAUGGAUAAGGUGGGAUAUCUGGGGCACCGAGUGUCGAUCGGAGGUUUGGAGGCAAGUCCUAAAGACUUGAAAUCGUUAACCGAUCUGCCGUUCCCCGGGUCUCUGCGAUCUAUGCAGUCAUUCCUGGGCAGUCUAAAUUACUACAGCCGAUUCAUCGAAGACUAUGCAAUCUAUGCCUCGGUACUCUACGAAUUACAUGAAGUGGAGUUUGCAGAACUAGAGAAACGAUCAGAUCUGAGGGAGAUCUUGGACCGGAAUGACCCGAUCCCUCGAGAUCAUGACCCAACGGAAUUGAAGCUGACGGGAUUAGUGGACGAGAGGUGGAUCAGGGCACAUAGGGCCUUCGUCGCCCCGAAAACCAAGAUCGCGACGACCCCAGUCCUCCGCCAUUUCGACGAGACGGGAACGCCGGUGGUUAUCGUGUAUGCCAGCGAUUGGGCGAUAUCCGCUUCGUUGACGCAAGAACACGACGGGACCUACCAUCCGGUCGCGUUCGCCAGUCGCACCUUGAAGACGAACGAGUUGAACUACAAUACCGAGAUCAGGAACUAUGGGUGGUCAGUUUUGACGGAUCCGCUCGAGAAGCGCGGAGGCGGUGCGUUCAGUGCGAUCGUGUGGAGUCUUCCCGGAUGGGAGGUGGUCAAGGCCAGAUCGGGCUAUCUCGAGAGCCUUACCGUGAACGAAGCCGAAUAUAACGGCCUGAUCCUGGGGCUCGACAUGCUGGAGGGUUUAGAUCGCAGACGCCUGGUGAUCUGCGGGGACUCCAACCUGGUGAUCAGGCAAGUACGGGGUGAGAUCGACUGCAAAGCACCCGGACUGACGCUACUGAAGCGGAGGGUCCUCGAUCGCUUGAGGAAAUGGAAUAAUCAUGAGUUGGUUCACGUCAAGAGGGACUGGAACGGAAGUGCCGACAGUCUAGCAAGCGCCGCUUUGCAACGACAAAGAGGGAUCGAGGUACAGGACACCCCCGGGUACCAGGAUCUGGUUACCCUGAACCGGUUAGACGAGAUCUUGAUCCCCAAGACCGAGAAUCCAGUGGUUCGGGUCGCUGCGGUGACCACCCAAGCGGGUCGAGCAAGAUCACCUGCGGGUGUCAUGGAUGAGUGUCGGAUUCGGGAAAUCCGAGUCGAUCGGAUCAAGCAAGCGCAAGAGGAAGAAGUCUGGAUCGCCGGCAUGAAGAAGUAUCUGAAUGGCUCGAUCGCGGAUCUCACUCAAGCGGAGGCAAGAUCGUAUGGCAAGAUCGCGGCGGACUACGAGUCCCCGAAACACUACAGUCGGACGUCCUGCACCAUUAUCACGCCACGUUGGAGGGAGGACAUCAAGGAGUGGGGAGAACCUACCAGCGGAUCCGAGAUCACUUCCACUGGAGGGGAUUAUACCGGAGCGUCCAGAGAUACGUGGGACGUGGGGGAAUGCGUAGAUUGCGAGCCAGGAAAAGGAAAACCGGUGAUCCGGGGUGAAUCACCUGGAAACUUGCAGGCCACGUACCCGUUCCAGAUUAUUGCGAUGGAUCACAUACCGUCGCUGCCCAGAUCCCACAAAGGAAACACAGAAUUAUUGAUCUGGGUCGAUCUGUUCACGGGGUAUGUGAUCGCGAAGGCUAGCUCAUCUAGAUCAGCCCAGACGGUUGCGGAAUCCUACGAAGACUAUUUCGGCGAUUUGGCGCUAGCAAACGGGACUGCUGAAAGAAUGGUGCAAACCGCGACUAGAGUGCUCAAGAUGUACGUCCGCGAUCUGGAUCAGAAGGAUUGGGACGAAUAUGCGGAGCGCCUCACCUUCGCGAUCAACACGGCUCAUGAUCGGAUCCGAGGAGAUACUCCCCACUAUUUGGUGCACGGGUGGGAUCCGAUAUCGACACUGGAGGCUACACUGCCGAUCAACGAAUUCAGCGUCAAGCUCGAGAUCGCAGGCACAGGGUACCAGAUCUUCCCAGUGGUACAUGUGUCGAAGUUAAAAUUGGUCAAGGACUUUCCGGAUCGACCACACGUGGAGCCCACGGUUAAAGAGGCGGAUCGCCUCGAUUUUGAUGAGAUCUUGCUUCCAGAGGACAGCUGGGUUCCAGAUCUGGGUGCUGAUGAGUAUGAAGUCGAGCGAAUUUCAGAUGUACGGAGUGGAAAGAAGUCCCGAUUUGGGCGGAUCUACCGGGAGUUUCUGGUUCACUGGACGGGGUACGAUGAGCCAAGCUGGGUCGACGAAGCCGAUCUUAAUUGCGGGGCAAUAUUGAACGCCUUCCUGCGAGAAUGGGCUAAUCGGAAUCGCUUCAAUGUGAUGCAAUCACAUGAAGAGAUGUAA